AUGUCAGUGGGCAGGCUCCCGCCUGAAGCCGAUGACAGGGAACCUAAAAGGGCCAGAGCGAGUCCCACGCCCUUGAUCGGAUUCUCGGAUGAGGACAAACUGGGAACCCUUCAGCCCCACGAUGACGCCCUAGUCGUCAUGCUCAGAAUUGGGGGUUAUGACAUGAAGAGGGUGCUAGUUGACCAAGGUAGCGUCGUGGAAGUAAUGUAUCCUGACUUGUAUAAAGGAUUGAACCUGAAGCCAGAGGACUUGUCGGCAUACGACUCCCCUUUGGUCAGCUUUAAAGGAAAAACCGUCACCCCUAAAGACAUGAUCAGGCUGCCUGUACAAACAGAUUCAGACGUGGUGGAGGUGAACUUCAUUGUGGUAGAUGCAUACUCUCCCUACACAGCUAUCGUGGCCCGAUCAUGGCUUCAUGCACUAGGGGCUGUGUCAUCAACUUACACCAAAAAGUGA